AGCAGUAUCAGUUCAUGAUAUUACAGUAUUUUUCAUCACAUAAAUAUUGCCUUGGUGAGCUCAUUGGUGAGACUUUCAUUCAAAGCACUUUGUUUUAAAAACCUCACUCUCCUUAAACUUUUUAACUUUGCAACAGUUGAACUUAACAGAAUUAUUAUUAUUAUUAUUAUUAUUAUACAUACACCAAGCUUUUACUGUAUUACUUACAGUUUAAACCCAUUUCCACCAGCACAUACAGUCAUACAGUCGGCCGCUGAAUCUAAAUCUAGGUCCAGCAGGCCAAAACGCGCACGUCUUUGUUCAUAACUCCUCUAAUCCAUGUCUUAAUGAAAAGCUGGGGAUUUGAGAUGGAUGAGGCGAGCGGAGCAGGCGCAGGGUUUGAUCUGCUCUCCUGGGAGAGAUGUGUUAUGAGCGCUGGCCGGUGUUUGCCGUUGUAUUUCAUAUUCUCUUAAAACAGAAGAGGGAUCCUGACGGCGGUGAACAUGUGCACCUCGAGCCUCAUGUUUAAUUAACCAAAGCCCACCACAGAUUCCUCCUAAGAGACUCUUCUGUAGGGACCAGCAGGCAGAAUUGAGCGCUCUCUGUCUUUUUUUUCUUCCUUAUGUUGACUCUACACUUACUUCCCUUUCUGCACCGCAGGAUUCAAUUUUCCGAUCCACUUAAGCGGGAUUCUCAUGCGUUACGGAUCCGAUUAGCUCACACGUGCAUGCGCUCUUUAACAACAAGCCCUGUUUUAUUUUUCUCUCUUUUUUUCCCUCUUUUGGACGAUUAUUCCGCUGGUUUAACUGCAAUCCAUCUCUGUCUUUCUUCUUUUCUCUUUCCACUCUUUUGCCCUAGUUCUGAGUCUCUUUUCUAUCACUCCUUCUUUCCUGUUUUUUGCAGUGUUUUUUCGGAGAUGAAUCCUGGUCAGAUGUCUGCCGUGUUGGUGCUCAUGUUGGCCCAGCUGUGCUCUACAUCUCUGGCUUGUCCUUCCGGGUGUCGCUGCUAUAGUUUGACUGUCGAAUGCGGAUCCAUCGGAAUCAAAGAGAUCCCACAAGGCAUCACACAAGGGACGCAGACCAUUUUUCUGCAGGACAAUGCCAUCGGUCAGAUCCGCCAACGGGACCUGUCUGACCUGGGCCAGCUACACUACCUCUACCUGCAGAACAACAGCAUCAGCACGCUGGAGCCCGGGGCCUUCAGGAGCCUCGGUCUGCUUCUGGAGCUGGCUCUCAACGGGAACCGCAUUCACCUGAUCACGGCAGACGUAUUUCGGGGCCUCGAUCACCUGCGCAUCUUGUACCUUGCAGGAAACCAAAUCAACAGACUGGAGGAUUACACCUUCCGCGGACUGCAGCGGCUGCAGGAGCUUCAUCUGCAGGAGAAUGUGCUGGAGGUGCUGGGAGAUCAGGCUCUGGUGGGACUGUCCUCGCUGGCUCUUCUGGACCUCAGCCGAAAUAACCUGAGAACUCUGAGUCCCGCUUCACUGAAGCCUCUGGUCAGCCUGCAGGUGCUGAGAGUCACUGAUAACCCAUGGCGCUGCGACUGCGCUCUACACUGGCUGCGUGGCUGGAUAAACGAAGAAGGUCAGAGGCUUUUAAGCUCAGCCGAGCGCCGGAUGUUGUGCGCCGAACCUCCGCGGCUUUCCCACCUCAGUCUGGUCGAAGUUCCUCCAAACAGCCUUGUUUGCAUCCCACCCGUGGUCCAACUAGAACCCAGCCAUUUGACAGUACGUUUAGGGGAGAGUCUCCGAGUGUCCUGCCAAGCGUCCGGAUACCCACAACCACAAGUCACCUGGAGGAAAGCGUCUCACGGAAAAGCCCAGCUGUCUCCCAGAGGUCUGGUGCAGGAGGUUGGGAUGGAUGGAGACACAAGGAAUGGUGGUAGAUUGGUAACAGCGAGGCCUGGAGGAAAAGGAGGACCAUCGAGUCAUGGACCGAUCAGAGGAGGAGCUGAUGACGGAGCCGACCGGGAAAAUUUCGAUCCUGAUACAGGAAGCGGAAUGCUAUUUCUUAGUAACGUCACAGUGGCGCAUGCGGGACGCUAUGAAUGUGAAGCGUGGAAUCCUGGCGGUGUCGCUCGUGUGACUUUUCACCUUUCGGUGAACAUGUCUUCAUCGUCAUCCCGCUCAGAAAUCUGGCCUCGACUGCAUUCCUCAUCUUACUAUCAUCCUUCAUCGGUGGAUGUGAGUCAGGAGCCGCUGUAUGAACUCGAAAGCAUGGACUUUAAUGCGCUGGGCACUGCUACGCAGACGGCAAUCGCAGUGGGAAUCUCUUUGCUGGCGUUGACUGCCCUUCUGCUGCUCUGCAUGAUCUACAGCCGACACCGACAGAGGCAGAAAGAGGAGGGCGGAUAUGGAGCUAGCAAAGAGGAAAGCAUCCUUUAUGUCAACGACUACUCUGAUGGUCCCACCACAUUCGCUCAGCUUGAAGAGUACCGGGAUGAACGGGGCCAUGAGAUGUACGUGUUAAACCGCGCCAAACCGGUGCUGGCUCCGCAACCGAUGUGCAUCCAACAGGGAUCUGCAACUCUAAAGGCCAGCGAGUGUCAGGGUGUGUUGACCCCAGGACGAGCCGGAGGGAUCGGACCCCGCAGGGCUCCCGCAGAAGGGGGAGAAGCACCUCCGCUUGAUCCCGAAGGGCUGUUCAUGAACCAGAGCUUGCUGUUUGAUACGCAGAUUGCGUAUGAGAUUCACUGCUAAUCUGGCUUUCUCGCUGUUGGAUACUAUCCUGCUGAAUUUUUAUUUUAUUCAGAGAGCACAAAUGUUUUUUUGUUUGUUUGAAUAGAAAUAAGGGAAUAACACUAUAAAGCUGCGGUGUGCAAUUUGAGUACAAUGAAAUAGACUUGCCAAAAUAUUGGCUGACUUUCAACAUUUUCCGCAGUUAACCGGUUGUACCACUGAGUCAUUGUUAAUCUUUAAAAAAUAAAAGUUCUUUUUUGACAUUGAUGGACCCAUAAAGAACCUUUCAUUUUAAAGGGUACAUGUCGAGCUCUUCAAAUGUACAAUAAAAUAUCAUUGUUAACUUCUCUUUAGGGAACCAAGCUUAAAUGUCUAUUAUAAUCGUCUCAGCACAUGAAACUGAAUUGCACACAGCAGCUUAAAAGGAAUAGUUCAUCCAGAAACCAUUUGCACAUUUUUUUUCUAUAGAAUCGCAAAUAGAGACUUAUUGAAUGCCAUGCAAUUCAUUUUAAAAUACUCUAUAUAUUUCAUAUUCAACCAGUUUUAGCAGAAGCAGCAGCAUACAGUUUUGCAAAUGUGCUAAUUUUUGGUCAUGUAAGGAACAUUUACUCAUUAUCAGUGAUGGGAAUAAUUAAACAGCGUUACUAACGGCGAUACUUUUUUUCAGUAACGAGUAAUCAAAUGAGUUUCCCCCGUUACAACACCGUUAUUGUUACUGACAAUAAAAUGUUAAAAAGUUACUGUAAUUAAAAACACUAUAGCAGAGUCUCUCCAACACAAUCUCA